ACAACAAAAACACCUCCAAAUACGAUCUCAACAACUGCAACUACAACAAUAUCUACAAGUUCAACUACACCCACAACACCUACCAUUACAACCUCAACAACCCCAACUACAACAACAUCUACAGGUUCAAGUAACACCACAUCAAAUCCCAUUACAACCUCAACAACUCCCACUGCUACAACAUCUAAAGGAUUAACUACAACCACAGCAUCUCCCAUUACAACCUCAACAACUCUCUCUACAACAACAUCUACAGAUUCAAUUACAACCACAAUAUCACACAUUACAAACUCAACAACUCCCACUACAACAGCAUCUACAGGUUCAACUAACAACACAUCGUUCAAUUAUAACAACAACACCCCCCAUUACAACCUCAACAAGACCAACUACAACAACAUCUACAGCUUCAACUACAACCACAACACCCCCCAUUACAACCUCAACAACUGCAACUACAUCAACAUCUACAGGUUCAACUACAGCCAUAACACCUCCCAUUACAACCUCAACAAAUGCCACUACAACAGCAUCUAA